GCUUCUCCCCCCCAUCCGCCGGCUACGGCGAGGCUCCCCCCACCUCCGGCGACCUCCACCCCGGCGCCGAGCCCCUCCGGAGAGAUCCCCACUCCGACCGCUGCGCCCUGCUUAUCCGCCGCCGCAUCCCCUCCAGCUCCGGCGACCGGUUCAGGGCAGCUGAGUGAUGUUCAUGGCAUAGGAAGGUAGGCAUUGGGAAGCGAGCAAGGAAGACUUGUUGGAGAUGGUAGCUACAGAGGCCGCUGCAGAUUCAUCAGGUCCCCGAUAUGCUCCGGAUGACCCGACACUCCCUGCACCCUGGAAAGGACUAAUUGAUGGCUCGACGCUGUAUUACUGGAACCCUGAUACUAAUGAGACUCAAUAUGAGAGGCCGGUAGCCGCUGCGCCUCCCUUGCCCAUGGGCCCUCCUCCAGUAACCUCUACACCUAUGCCAACUUCAGCAUCGGGGGCUUUUUCACAGCCUAGCAUUCAGUUGAACCAAGUCGGGCAAGUAUCACAGAAUGAACGACCUGGUCAGGGAUUAUAUCCUCAAGCUAGCCAUCUUGGGCAGCAGCAGCUCCAACAGCCAACCCAGCAACCGCCGUUUCAGCCAACGGCUCAGCAUCAAGCUCCUUUUCAACAUUCACAACAGGCGCCCUAUCAACAACAGCAGCAGGUGUCACAGCAACCACCUGCUCAUCAGUACCCCAGCACACAUCCACAACAUAUGCCAUAUCAGCAUGGCCAUUAUAUGCAAUCCCAGCAGCAGCAGCAGCAGCAGCUUCAGCAGGGCCCACAAUAUUCAUAUCAGGUUGGCCAACAGCCACAGAUGCCACCAACUGCCUAUAAUCAAGGUCAGCGCCCACCUAUUUCUCAAGCUGCCUACAACCAAAGUCAGCAGUCGACGCAAGUUGCGGCUGCUUACAAUCAAAGUCAUCAGCCACCUGUUUCUCAAACUUCCUACAACCAAAGUCAGCAGCCAACACAAGCUGCGGGUGCCUACAAUCAUGGUCAGCAGCCGCCAAUGCCACAAGCUCCCUAUAAUCAAGUUCAGCAGCCACAGAUGCCUCAUACUGCUUACAAUCAAGGUCAGCAGCCACAGGGAACGAGGAUCCCUCAGGGUCCUGUGCAACCACAGCAAUCGCCAGGCUUUCAUCAACCUGCUCAGGUUUCACAAGUGCUUCAAGCUUCACAGUCUCAAGGACAAAUGCCUUCACAACAGGGGCAACUCCAGCAUGGUUUCCAUUUCACACCUCCUCAGGGAAAACAACCACAUCAUGGCCAUGUAGGUCCUCAGAGCCAAGUGUCACUUGGGCAGCAAAGUUCCACUCUGAAGGUUAAUGAGGCAGGAGUUGCAGGAAGUCUUGAUGGAAAACAAAUUGGCUUUUCAGUACCACUCAAUCAGCAGCAUGGCCAGGGUCCUAUUUCAAAACAGCAGUUACCGUCUAAUCAUCAACUUCCUGGAUCACAUAAUCAGCCGAAUAUUCCUGGAGUUGGAGGACUAUCAUAUCCUGCAAAGCAUCAUCUUGGUGGAUCAUCCCCAGGCGAGACUAACAACAUGAAUUUUUUGAGCUCACCUGCUCAAACACAUCAAGGUGGAAUGGAUAUAAGCUAUCGGCAACAACCAGCUAGCGGCCAUGCUGUUCCAAACCAUAUUGGUCCUUCACCGGUUCGGCCUCCAAUAGGUUUCAAUAUGGGCAGUAGUGAGGAUCACUUUGAAAGAAAUGAGCUUCACUCUUCUGGCAGGAUGGAUGGAACAAAUAAUCUCCAACAGCAGCCAAAGCUUGCUGCGCUUCCACACCUAAACCGACUGGAUAUGAGGAAUGGCCCGCCUUAUCCCCAGCCAGACAAUUUGGGCGUUUUUAACAUGGGACCUCCACAUUCAAUGCCAAAUUUGCAUAACCAUGCUCCAUUUCCUGAAGUUUCAAUGAGGCCUCCAUCCAGAUUGUUUGCUCCCCCGAAUUUCCCGAGCAUUGCUUCAGCUGACGCAUAUCGUCAACACCAUGAAGUCACUGCUGUGGGUGAGAAUGUGCCGCCUCCAUUUAUGACAUUUGAGGCUACUGGAUUCCCUCCAGAAAUCUUGAGAGAGAUCCAUGAAGCUGGCUUUUUAAACCCCACUCCAGUUCAAGCUCAAACAUGGCCUGUUGCACUGCAAAAUCGUGACAUAGUAGCUAUUGCCAAGACAGGGUCAGGGAAGACUCUGGGGUACCUUAUUCCUGCUUUUAUACAUCUGAGGAGAUGCCAAAACAAUCCAAUGUUGGGCCCUACAGUGUUAGUUUUGGCCCCUACUCGAGAGCUUGCUUCACAAAUACAAGAUGAAGCAGUCAAGUUUGGUCGAUCAUCUAGAGUGUCCUGCACAUGCCUGUAUGGGGGAACUUCAAAGGGCCUUCAGCUAAGAGAACUUGAGCGUGGAGCAGAUAUUAUAGUAGCAACACCUGGACGUCUUAAUGAUAUCCUGGAGAUGAGGAAGAUUAGUCUCCAUCAAGUUUCAUUUCUUGUGCUUGAUGAGGCUGACCGUAUGCUUGACAUGGGUUUUGAACCACAAAUACGUAAGAUUGUGGAUGAGAUUCCUCGUAACAGGCAGACUCUGAUGUACACGGCCACUUGGCCAAAGGAGGUUACAAAAAUAGCUGGGGAUUUGCUGAGAGAUCCUGUCCAGGUUAAUAUUGGUAGCAUUGAUGAACUCGUUGCCAACAAAUCCAUAACACAGUAUGUAGAGGUGGUUCCACCAAUGGACAAGCAGCGGCGCUUGGAGCAGAUUCUUAGAGCUCAAGAAAGGGGCUCUAAGGUCAUCAUAUUCUGCUCAACCAAGAAAAUGUGCGACCAGCUUGCUCGUGACAUCGGUCGUAGUUUUGGUGCUGCAAGUAUUCACGGUGAUAAAUCACAGGCCGAAAGGGAUAAUGUUCUGAAUCAGUUUCGCACUGGCAGAGCUCCAAUAUUGGUAGCCACAGAUGUUGCUGCUCGUGGGCUUGACAUUAAAGAUAUCAGAGUGGUGAUCAAUUAUGACUUUCCCACUGGGAUCGAGGACUAUGUGCACCGCAUAGGGCGUACAGGAAGGGCUGGGGCCACUGGAGUCUCAUAUACUUUCUUUUCUGAACAAGAUUGGAAAUAUGCUGGUGAUUUGGUGAAAGUCUUGGAAGGUGCUAAUCAACAUGUCCCUCCAGAGUUGCAUGAGAUGGCUGCAAGAGGUGCAGCUGGAGCUCCAAGAAAUCAGGCUGGUGGGAUGAGCCGCUGGGAUGGGCCUGUUGGUGGUAAUAAUCGUUUUGAACCUGCUGUUGGUGUUCCUGGUAAUUAUGGUGGAAUUAUGGAUGACCCGGGCAGCUUUGGUGGACGAGACGGCCCAGGUGGCUUUGGUAGUCAGGAUGGCCCAGGUGGCUUUAUUAGUCGGGAGGGCCCUGGUGGCUUUGGUGGUCGGGAGGGUCCUGGUGGCUUUGGUGGACGCAAGGGACCUGGUGGUUUUGAAGGACAUGAGGGUGCUGCUCCUAGUGGCUUUGGUGGGAGAGGGGGUCGUGGACCUGGUGGUGGUUUUGGUGGUAGAGGUGGAGCAAAUCCUGGUGGCUUUGGUGGUCGUGGUGGCAGGGGUGAUUCUCCUGGUUUUGGUGGACGUGGCAGGGGUGAUUUUUCUGGCUUUGGUGGACGUGGCAGGGGUGAUUCUUCAGGCUUUGGUGGACGAGGCCGUGGUGAUUUUUCUGGUGGACGUGGUGGGAGAGGCCGUGGAUUUGGAGGGCGUGGACGAUCUGACCGAGGGCCUCAUGACCGUUUUAUCUCAGAUGGACGUGGAAGAUACGAUAACCGUCGUGGAUUUGGUGGCAAGGGUCGGGACCGGAGCUACAGCCGUAGCCCAGACAGAGGCCGCUCGCGAGGCUAUGACAGAAGAAGUGACAGUAGGAGCCUAAGUAGUAGGAGCCGAAGCCGAAGCAGGAGCUGGUCACGUAGCAGGAGCCGCAGCAGGAGCUGGAGCCGGAGUCGCAGUCACAGCCCAAGUCGCAGCAGGAGCAGAAGCUAUGACCAGGGUUCAGGAUCAGCACGCAGGCCGCGGCCUAGAUCUGGCUUUGAUGUUCUGCCACCUGCAACUGGAGCCGGACCUGCUAUAACCGGUACUGGGCCUGUCACUGCACCAGCACCUGGAUCAGCAGCUCCUGUUCCUGCUCAGGCACCUGCGCAAUCACUGGCUGAUACAUCUGCAAUGUCACCAAUGUCACCAGGUGGCCUGGCACAGGAUGGUGCACCGUUUAUCGGCGGGAAUGAUGGAAACCUGGUUGCAGCACAAGGGGAGCGCCAUUUCCAGGGUGCUGAUGUAGCAAUUCCGCUAAAUUUUGCUGCAGCUGAAGCAUUUCCAGCCCCAGCAGUUCAGCAAGAAGCCCCUGAUGUAUAAUGAGAACGAUAAUCUGUAGCUCAGUGCAUUUUCUUCCCCAUUUUUCGAUGUAGAAUGUUGGGUGUUCCUGCCAAAUUUGGGCUAACAUCUUUGCUGCAACUUUGUUUGGUCUUGGGAGAUAGUAUGGCAAUGGUUGUAUGGUCAUUUGCUGUGACGGGAAGAGAAAGAAGUGCUCUAUUGCAACCGUAA